UUAGAAGUCUUUCAAAGAGUGUACUAUAACGUUUUUCUUUCCAUAUAAAUACGUGCAAUAUUUAAUUAUUCAGAAAAUCUCACCGCCACCUCUUCACAUACAAUCGAAAUGCUGGUUUAUGUCUUUUUACUUGGGUACUUAGCCCAGUGCUUUGCACAAAGGGCCAAUCCAGGUUUAUGUCCUGAGCCAGAUGCCAUGCCCAAUUUCGAUGAGAAUAAGCUGAUCGGUGAGUGGUACGAGUGGGCUCGUAUCUCUAAUUAUUAUGAACCUGAUAAUGCUUGCGGAGUAAUCACAUACUACAGGGGUAAAGAUGGAUAUCUCGUUGAACAUGUCAGUUCCAUCAUUCGUCGAUCAGGCACUUGGAUUUUCUGGGAAGGCAAAAUGAUUCCGAAAGAUGAACAACCAAUUGCCCGCUACAACCUGACAUUUCCCGAAUAUUCACGAGACAAAGUAAUCAAAUCCACGUUUGUGGAUGCAAACUGGGGUUUUUGGGCAAUAAUGCAUUCCUGCAAACAGGAGAAAGGCCAGGCCGUGGAGUUCGUAUGGAUUUGGACAAAAAGUCCAAAAUUGCAGCAAAAGCAUCAGGACGAAAUUGCAAAUGCUCUUGGGAAACUCAAUUUAACUAUGCAAGACCUUUCAAUUAUUGAUCAUGACAAAUGUCCAAAUCAGAAAUGAAUAUGUUGAAGAAGUUCAAGUGAAAUAAUAAAAUCAGCAAUUUUCAUUUUUCAGUUCGA